AUGGCCGCCGCGAAGGAGGGGCGGCUUCCUCCGGCAUCCCGGGCGCCAGCCCAGUGCAUGCAACAGGGGGCUGAGCGCGAGCGGCCGGUUCCAGCGGCGAACCCGCAGCGCCCGCGCAGCCACCCGCUCGGCCCUCUCCCGCCCGGUGCGUGGGUCCAGGAGAGAAAAAGCGCGGCGGUGGCGGUGGCGGCGCGCAGUCCCACUCACCAUGAUCCGCAGCUGCUGUGGCGCGACAACCGGGGCGCGCGGCGAUGCGCUGUCCAGGGUAGCCAGGUCCCUCUGCCCGGCGCUGUCUCGGCGCCCACACCGGUUACCCUCACCCAUGCCCCCGCCCGCGCCUCCCCUCCUCCUCGGGCUCGCGCCUCCGCCGUGCAGCGCACGGAUCCUCGGGGCCGUUUCGUCCCCGCCCCCUCGCCCACAGGGGCCUCCCGCGCCGCCCCUCCUGGAGGGCGCGCGGGGGAGGGGCGCAGGGCUAACGAGGCGGUGCCCUCCUCCCCUGCGGCGCCGCGCGCCCCCUCCCGGGCGACCGCCCUCGCUUUCGCGGCUGCGGCGCUCCCUGGCGGCCGGGAGGUGAUUUGCAGGCCCAGCCGGCGUCCGUUGCACGUGGCGGCUCAACGUUCGCGGAACCCCACGAGGACCCACCACCUGCCCGGAUUGGCGGCUGCUGCCGCGGGAGGAGUAGCGUGCAGGGCAGGCACGCUGGUCCUGCUUCCAGUUGGGUUUCGUGGGUUUGAAGCACACAUUAGGAGGAAAUGGCUCUGUUCGUGCAGAGGCAUCUGUGACCCUGCAUAAAGCAUAAUGGAGUCUCUGUGGGUCUCGAAGUGGUGAAACCUCCAUUCCCCAGGAAUAUGGAUUUUGAACAAGCACCGCAAAUGAUGCUGAUUUUGUAGGUGAAGAAAGUGUGUCUCAGAGGAGUUAGAGAAGACCAGUUAAUAGUGACAAUGCUACAGCCUGGAACUCCCAUUUGGAUCCUGGGUCUCCUAUCUCACUCAGCCUGGGUGAGUUUUCUGUGUCUCUACUGCCUCUCCAGUGCUAGUCUGCCAGCUCUCAUCACAAUUGUGAAGUAGGCAGAUUCGUGGGAAGAAAAACACCAGCUGAAGUAUAUAGAGAAAAAGAGUUUAUUUACAAGGAUACCUAGAGACGCUCACAAACUUCAACACCGGCAGUAAAGCAGCACCGGUUUUCGCAAGUCCAGACCAAGUCACCACCGAAGCUCAGUUCGGCUUCUGCUAAACAAUCUUUUAUACUUUUUAAAACAAAGAAGGGUCAAGUCAGGACACUGUCCACGUCUUCAUCAUGUAACUAACAUCCUUGAGGUGUUUACCAAAAAUUGGAUCAGGGAACUGGCCAGGUUCCCAGAUCCGACUCUUCAGAGCCUUUUUUUGCAUUGGGAAAAUUCUGAGCUCGGAAUACUCCCAAUGAUAAGGAAAUGAAGACGAUAUAGAGUCUGUCCAUGACUUGUAAACUUAAUUAACUCCUUCUGUUCCAUUACAGCUCCCUUUUCUUUCAGACUUAUUUACUUUUAAUGAACAAAUAAACCCAUGGUAUCAUCUACAGUACUGGCAAUUACAGAGAGUAUGAAAUAGAGCAAUAAAAAUGAACCAUAAACUCUAGUUCAUAAAGGGAAGCCCAAAUCCAGGAGCUGACACAGUGAAGCUUCUAAAGACGUCGUCGGUGACUGAUGUUGCUGCAGUGUGAUUGAAUGGUUGUUUAGUCUGAAGGAAGUGGGCAUCAUUCAAAAAGGAAGGAUGGCAUAGUUAUCCCACCCAUUUGCUAAAUCGUAAUUGGAGAAAUUAUCUAGGGCAUUCAGCUAUUCUCUUGAGAACAUAACUAUUUCUUAAUUACCUAACUAGAAAACUCAUGAGCCUCUGGAGAAUUCUUAGGAAACGUUACAGAGUUUAUGUGAACUACAGCCUCUGGUGGCAAAUGACCCAGAGCAAAUCUCUCACUUGAAAUGAGUUCUCAGGGUCUGAUGCAGCCAAUCAUCCCCUUGUAGCUGUUCCCUCCUUCCCAUCCCUUUCUGCUACCGCCAAUCUAUGCGCCUUCCCAGCUGGCCCCCUGCCCCCAGCCUCUCCAGAGUUAUCUUCACGAAACACAGCUCUAAUCACAUCAGUCUGGCUCAGACACUUUUAGUGGCCCCCCCAUGUCCCACAUGAUGAAGUCCAAACUUUUUCAAAUGAUACUUAAGGUCUUCCAUGAUCUGGCUUCAACUUACGUUGAAAUCUCUUCUCCUAGGUCUCCUUUACCACAGCCCUUAUUCUCAUCCUCACUACUAACCUCAUGCAUCCAUUCAACAAACAUUUUUAAAGUGCCACAAAUCUAGCAUUGUGAUGGAGGGUGAGCAAGACACAGUCUCUGCUCUGGGGAGCUCAGAGCCUGGCGAUGGGCUCAGAGUCUGGACAAGCCAAAGAGUGUUUUCCCCAGUUACUAACCCAGAGAGUUAGUCCCCAGUCAUUUACCCUAAGAAUGCCUUGUACUUUUUCUUUCAAACACAAAUAACAAGUAAAGGAUUAUCUAGGUAAUUAUUUAAUGCCUAUCUCUUCUCCCCUCAUCAGCCUAUAAACUUUUAAGGGCAGAGAGGGCAGAAUCAUGUCUGAUAAGUUCAUCCUACAUGUGUAUUGACAGUUAUAUAGUAAAUGACUUAAAAUAAAUAUUUUUGAAUGA